UGCACACACAUAUCAUAACAAUAUCUUAUAUAUAAAUCCACCUCCAUUCAAUUUCAAUCGCUUAUUACACCUUCAAUCUUCGCCGGAGAUACUUCUUCCCCCGGCGGUGAAACCUGCAAAUAUUAUCUCCAAUGGCCGCUAUUCUAUGCACACUUCUACUACUCAUGUUUUCAAGAUCAUUUACUAGUACCUUAAGUCUUGGAGUUGGGAUCAAUUACGGACAAAUCGCGAACAAUCUCCCCACUCCAUCGCGCGUUUCGGCCCUUUUGGAAUCCUUAAACAUCAGCAGAGUGAAACUAUACGAUGCAGACCCGAAUGUACUAACCGCUUUUGCAAACACAAACGUCGAAUUCAUCAUCGGUUUAGGAAACGAAUACUUGCAAAAAAUGCAGGAUCCUCAACAAGCCCAAAUAUGGAUCCAACAGAAGGUACAACCUCACAUUUCGCAAACUCGAAUCACAUGUAUAACGGUCGGAAACGAGGUUUUAGGAGGCGUAGAUCCUCAACUACCGCAAUACCUUGUUCCCGCGAUGAAAUCGAUGUAUCAAGCGUUAGUUAACUUAGGAUUGAACUCGCAAGUGUAUGUUACAACCGCGCAUUCGCUUCAAAUCUUGAAAACUUCGUUCCCGCCUUCGAACGGUGCGUUUCGCGAUGAUUUGGUUCAGUAUAUUCAACCGAUUCUUGCGUUUCACGCGAUGUCGAAUUCGCCGUUUCUCAUUAACGCGUACCCGUACUUUGCGUACAAAAGCGACCCGAAAAACGUUCAGAUUGAGUACCUGCUUUUCGAGCCGAAUUCGGGGACAGUGGAUCCGAAUACGAAUUUGAAAUAUGAUAACAUGUUGUAUGCGCAAAUCGAUGCGGUUUAUUCGGGUAUAAAGGCGUUGGGUCAUAGUGAUGUUCAAGUGCGGAUUUCGGAAACCGGGUGGCCUUCGAAAGGUGACGUGGAUGAACCGGGGGCGACGGUUGAGAACGCGGGGAUUUAUAAUAGAAACUUGUUGCAAAGAAUGCAAGCGGGACAAGGGACGCCGGCUCAUCCGUCACAACGGAUAGAUAUAUACGUUUUCGCGCUUUUUAAUGAGAAUAUGAAGCCCGGGCCAACGUCCGAGAGGAACUACGGGUUGUAUUAUCCUGACGGUACUCCGGUUUAUAACCUCGGUGUUCAAGGGUAUCUUCCUCGUAUCGAUUAUUCAUCUUCGGCGAAAAAUGCAUUGUGCAUCUUUAGGGUUCUUGUUUUGCUACUUGGAUCCUUACUCAUUGCUUAAACAGAUUGAUAUUUUAUUCUAACUUUACAUAGAAAGCUAAAAAAUGCCUAAAUAGGGUAGUCAAUGGAGGUAAUGUACAACUCAAUUUUCUUCAACUUUAGGGACAUAUUUGUUGAAAAUCUAUUUAUUUCAUGAUUGGUUGAAAAUC